AUCUAAGUUUCUGAACGAGUCUAGUUUGGCCGUUGUACAAAAUGACAUUCGAAAACAAAGCAUGCAGAACACGAUUAGAUCUUCAUUAAUUAAUUUUGAGUAAACCAUUAAAUAAAUAAAGUGUAUUAAAGUAGUCUUAAUGUUUUUAGUUCCUCGCGACUUGAAUUAUGUGUUUAAUUCGAUGGUUAACAUAGUCUUUAACGAAGUUUUGGUGGCCUUGUUGUGUUCUUAAAAAAUGACUUCCUCUGAUACUUGUAUGAUAGAAAGACUCCGAAAUGAGAAUUUAGAGCAAUUCUUCACAUUAGUGCGCAUGCAUUUAUCUUUUGUUGUGGAUAUUAACACCGACGAUGUUGACUGCUCAACGGAUAAACCAAAGCAAUUUAGAUGGAAUUUCCACAAGAAAACCAAGAGUUCAAAUACUAAUUCUAGUUUAAGUAGUGCUAGUAAUACAAAGAAUAAUGUAGAAGUUAAUUCAAUAACAGAAGAGGGCAUAUUGAGGCUUAAUGAAUUGAUUGACUUCCUGUCCAAACCAGAAAAUGUAACACAGGAAGGCAUAUUCCGUAGAACAGGGUCGCUCAGCCGCCAACAAGAGCUGAAGCAGCUGUUGCUCACUGGUUCGAACCUUGGACUUGAUGAAGGACGUUUCUCAGUGCAUGACUGUGCCUCAGUACUAAAAGGGUUCCUUGCUGAAUUACCUCAGCCAUUGUUAAUGGAUCAGUAUUAUCAAACUUAUUAUACAUUAGCUGGCCAAUACCCACCAAAUGUAGAAUCAUCGGAAUCUAAACUCCUAACAGCACUCCAACUGCUUCUGAUGCUGCUCACACCAUCACACAGAAAUUUUUUGCAGCGGUUGUUAAGACUGCUUCGUUUGGUGGCUGACAAUGAAGCAUCAAAUAGAAUGUCUCCGGACACGCUUGCUACUAUGUUUACGCCGCAUUUACUAUGUCCUAGAAAGCUCUCUCCAGAGACAUUCCACGCGGACUCCAUAGCCCUCUCGCCGGUGAUCAGCUUCAUGAUCCGGCAGUCGUCGCGGCUGUUCAGCGCGCCGGCGCGCCUGGCGACGGACGCGGCGGCCUACUUCACUGUGCGCGAGCGGCGCCGCGCCAUGUCGCCUGACGUGGACCUCGACGAGAGCAUUACUGAUAAAACAGCAGCGAACACAGUGUACACAUUCGUCGACAGGCAUCGCACGAAGGCGGAGAACGAGACGAACCCCACCGACACUGCGCUCGCGCAACUCUACGCGCACAUACAGGCGCUGCCAGACUCCCAUCAGAAACGACGACUCGUCAAGCACUUCAACAGGCAGAAUGGAUAUGGAACACCAAUACAAAUACAAAGGACAGGCAAAGUGGCCGGUUCGCGAAGUUUCGGCGAUUCGAUCAAGAGACACAUAUUUAACAAGGGACUGCUUAACAAAACGCCAAAGAAAGGAUCCGGGUCCAAUAUUAAUACGAUAGAGGAGAAAACGGCCAAAGGAAAACUCAGAUUCACCGAAGAGAAAGUCGACGUUUCCCAUAAAAAUAUAGUACUGAAAAACUUGGCAAACAAAAUCGCCAGUUCAGAAUCGUUAGAUGAUGAUUACGAAUCAGACGCUAGCAAUGAAAGCACGUUAUCCGAGGGAGCGUUGAACAAAUCGCGUAAAUUGAGUCCGAAGUUCGUUUCCGAACCGAAUCUAAGCAUACUUGACGCCGAGGAGACGCCAAAAAAUGUCAAAAAGAGAUUGUUUCGAUCGAAAAUAGUGACGACUCAGAAUAAGAAAUAUCGGAAACGGAACGGCGUGAUACGCGGCACUCCGGCGUCGUGCGUGUCGUGUUUCGAUCAGGAUACCGGAUCGGAUUUAUCUUGCGGCGAAAGUGAGGCGAAUAUCGACAAUACGCCGAAAAAAUCUCGCUUGGAUGACGAAGAGAUAAAGCAUUAUUUGACGAGUACACCGGGGAUUUCCGACGCGGUUUUUUCGGAUGAGGAAUGUUCCACGCCGUAUACGAUAAAUUUUAGAAGGGCGUCAAUGUCGCCGAUAACUAAGUCGACGCAAAAACUGUCAAAAGCUAUGCAGGAAUCGAUAAUGACACCAAGGUCGCGCAAACCGUUAAUAAUAACGUCGGAGCAACGCGUCAGUCUACCAGAAACAAACGAGAAUAAACAACAGGAGGAUAAGCCAGAGGAUAUGUAUCCAUCGAUGUCGCCGAAAAACGAUAGCGAUUUUGUAUCUUCGGAUGAUGAGAAUGAAAUGUCGAGAUCUUCACUCUCUUGUGAACGAUCGAGUAAUUCAGCGAGUGCGUUGAUGCCACGAUCGAAAACUCCGUACGACGGUCGAUCCGUCUCCAUAGGUGAUAUUAGCCCCCUACGUUCCGAAAACCCUCGCUUCGUUAUCAGCCAAGACCGCCCAAAAUAUGUCGAUGAUUUAAACACAACACUAUGCGGUGAAGAUGAUCUGUUACCGAAAUUUAAACUAACCCACGAGAUGACAAACGACCAAAGAACAAGAUCAUUAACUGACCCCUUCAGAGAGUACUUGUUAAGUCGAUCUGUACUAACAGCGACACCUAUCGACUUAUCGAUGUUAAAUAAAUCGAACGAGACCGACGAUAAACUAUCAGAAUCGCUAAUGUAUUGUCUGGAUGGGAACGUCCCUAGUGAUUUGACGUUAUCGAUAAGUAAUUUGGCUGUCGAUAAAGAUCAGUGUUUGCGGUCGCCCUUGAAAAAUAUCGAUGUUAAUGUGGAAAAAAGUCCGAAUAGGAAGCGUUGUGCUAGUUCCAUUGCUUUUGAUAGUGAAGAAAGUAGAAUCGACGGUACAAAGAAGGCUAUGGUAGAAAAAGAGAAUAUAACACAAGUUUAUGAAUUACGCGAGACUGAACUUUAAGUCUUUAGUCACAAGUGCCUCGAAUUUAAUUUGUAUAAUGGAUACUAUUUUUUAUAUAUUAUUUUUAUGUUACUCUAUGCUCGUGAUGGUUGAAUUAAAAUUUGUAAUUCGUGAAUCGAAUAUUUGUUUGUCAACUGACAAUAUUUUGUAAAUUUUACAGUUACCUAUUAUGUAAAAUUACAAUUAUAUUAUUGUCUUCUA